AUGGGUCAAUUUCAUUCCACUAGCCAGGCAAGCUCCGGUGCUUCGGAACAAUCAGACCGGAAGACCGACUAUUAUGAGCUGCUUGGUGUAACACGUGGUGCAACAGAUGAAGAGAUCAAAAAAGCUUAUCGAAAAAAAGCUCUUGUGUUGCACCCAGAUCGAAAUUAUGGGAAUGUUGACGAGGCUACGAAACUGUUCGCCGAAAUCCAAUCCGCCUACGAAGUACUGGCAGAUCCCCAGGAGCGAGCAUGGUACGACUCCCAUAGCGAUGCAUUUUUAGGGACAAACGGAAAUACCGAUGAUCAACACUCGUAUAAUGUUCGAAUCACAACAGCCGAAGAUGUCCUCAAACUCUUUUCAAAGUUCAGUCCUCGAAUGGAAUUCUCCGACUCUCCGACCGGAUUCUUCGGUGGUUUGCGAGAGCAAUUCGAACAGCUCGCGCUGGAAGAAAGAUUGGCAUGUCAGUGGGAGAAUCAAGAUCCCAUUCAAUAUCCAUCAUUCGGAUCUAGUAACGAUGAUUUUGAGAACGUUGUACGGCCCUUCUAUGCUGCAUGGUCCGGGUUCUCCACCCAAAAAUCAUUCGCAUGGAAAGAUGCUCAUCGUUAUUCUGAGGCGCCUGAUCGCCGAGUGCGACGAAUGAUGGAAAAAGAGAACAGGCGUCUUCGAGAAGAAGGCAUCCGAGAAUUUAACGAUGCUGUCAGGUCCCUCGUGGCUUUUGUCAAAAAACGUGACCCACGUUAUAAAGUCAAUGUCCAGAGUGAGGCUCAACGCCAGGAAACUCUCCGCCAGUCUGUGGCUGCACAAGCUGCAAGAUCACGAGCUGUGAAUCAAUCCAGGAUGCGGGAUCAUGUACUCCCCGAGUGGGCCCAGUCAGAACCGCCAGUGGCAGCUGACGACCAGGAGAAGAACGAAGAGAGUGAAGAGAGCGAAGUCGAGAGUUUUGAAUGUGUUGUAUGCCACAAAUUUUUCAAAAGCCAGAAGCAAUUUGAGGCGCACGAACGUAGCAAGAAGCAUUUGAAGGCAGUCAAACAGCUAUGCUGGGAGAUGCGAAUGCAGAAUGACGAAUUGGAUUUGGAGUCCGCUGAGGACUUGAGUGCCAAUGCAGUUAAACCUCUUGAGGUUGAUGACGGGAAAGAUGAGGUUGAUGCUGCCUCACAGGUCGAUCUGGAAUCAGAUGCCUUGAAGAGCCACGGCAUUGAUGCUGAGGAUCAAGGAAAUUCGUAUGGUCCAGAGGAAACAACUACUCUUUCCGAGCCAAACUCCCCAACGUCUUCGCACGAUGACGAUUAUGCCUCUCGGGAAUAUGUCGAGACGAGGCUCCGCACUGAUAUGGAUUAUUUGUCUACAGGCGCUGGAAACUCUGAUAUACCUGAUCACCCGUUAUCUUCGGACCUCACCGAGCAGUCACCAACUCUCAAGAUGGGCAAGGCCAAGCAGAAACGGGCGAAAAAGGCCGCGAAGCAAGCAGAUCAGCCCGGGUUUAUAUGUGCAAAUUGCCAGGCUCCCUUCAUGUCCAAGUCUAAAUUAUUCGAUCAUAUUAGAGACCUCGACCACGCACAACCCUUGACCGGGUCUGUUGCCAGAAAGGGGAGGAAACACUAA